UCGUACGCGAGCCGUCUGCUGAAGGAGAUUAUAAUGAGUCAGAGAGGCUCCGGAGUAGCAUUUAACUCCAGCAGCUCGUACUGCUCACAGUCACUGCCACCACACCGAUGAAGGACGGUGCUCAUGCAUAUAGCAGCCUGCUAAUACCACAGAAACUCCGAGUUCGCGCUUUGGAAAGCCACAGCAGGAAGACGAUCUCUUGUGUUAUUAGUAGUAUUUAACCAGACACUGGAUUAUCGUACCAUUCUUGAAUGUUCUGCAAACGGUAGAGCUUGCUCCACAUCUUUACAUGCAAACAGGUGUGGGCAUCGACCAUGAACGAGUAUUUCUCCAAGAACUCCACAGAGGCCGAGCUGGGUGGCUGGUUCGAGCCAAGCGAUGACAAUAGCUCCCUGGACCUGUCUUCCCCGGCGCCGGAACCGGUCCUGAAACCCUGGGACGUGGUGCUGUGCAUCUCAGGGACCAUCAUCGCCUGUGAAAACGCCAUCGUGGUGGCCAUCGUCUUCUAUACGCCGUCGCUGCGAACGCCGAUGUUCCUUCUAAUCGGUAGCCUGGCCACGGCGGACCUGCUUGCGGGUCUGGGGCUGAUAGUCCACUUCGUGUUUCUGUACUGCAUCCGAUCCGAGGCGGUCAGUCUCAUCACCGUUGGCCUGCUCGUCGCCUCGUUCACGGCCAGCGUGAGCAGCCUGCUGGCCAUCACCAUCGACCGCUACCUCUCUCUGUACAACGCGCUCACCUACUACUCGGACAGGACGGUGACGCGCACCUACGUCAUGUUGAUUCUCACCUGGGGCGUGUCGAUCUGCCUGGGGCUUCUGCCCGUGACGGGCUGGAACUGCUUAAAGGACGAGUCCACGUGCAGCAUAGUGAAGCCGCUGACCAAGAACAACGUAAUGAUCCUGUCCGUGUCCUUCUUCACGGUGUUUGCCGUGAUGCUGCAGCUCUACGUGCAGAUCUGCAAGAUCGUCUGCCGGCACGCCCACCAGAUCGCCCUGCAGCGGCACUUCCUCUCCACCUCCCACUACGUGAACACCCGCAAGGGCAUCUCCACGCUCGCAGUUAUCCUGGGCACCUUCGCCAGCUGCUGGCUACCGUUCACCAUUUACAGCCUGCUGGGCGACUACACCUACCCGGCCCUGUACACCUACAUCACCCUCCUGCCCGCUAUCUAUAACUCCAUGAUCAAUCCGGUCAUCUACGCCUUUCGGAACCAGGAGAUCCAGAAGAUUCUGUGGACGGCGUGCUGUGGGUGCAUGUCACCAGGUAUGGGCUGCCGGUCCAGGUCCCCCAGCGAUGUCUAGCUUGUGGUGCCGGUUCUGGUUCAAACUGAUGAUGGCGCACUUGUAUGGCGAAUCACCAUUCUGCGCCGCCCCUUCGUGUUGCUUCAGAGACUGACACUGGUCGUGUUUAAGUGUGAUAUAUACAGCAGCACUUUAUCCAAGGCAAUCUGGAUCCCUCGGAGUCCAGGCGCUGUGUUCAGGAUGCACUGCCGUGUUGGCACAUUGCGCAGGACCUGUGUUGACUUGCACGUUGUAAUGCGUAUUUGGUUCAGACCCGACAAUCUGAAUAAGAUGUAAUACUGAACACUUUUGAUGACAGAGAGAGAAUUAGAUCAGCGAUCGUUGUAGAGAUUUUACAGUAAGACAAGCAUUUAUAAAUAUUUUUUUUGUUCAUGUUUUAUUUUAUUUAUUUAUUUUUUAAAUCAAAGUGCGGGUCAAAGUUUAAUCCACAGGUUUACUCUUUGCCUUUGGAGAGUUUCACUCCUAGAGAAACAUUUUUAUCAAUUCUUUAUAGAGAUGUUCAUUUGAUACUAGCUUGAUAAAAGCUACAUUUCAUAUUACAAGCUGGCUGUAUAGAAUGAUUCUUUAAGGACCGUAAAGCAAAUACGCGUCCAAGUGAAAGUCCUUUCCCACGCGUGUAGUGGGUGUUCAUAGAUUUCUAAGGGAGUAUGCUUGAGAUUGCCUUUUUCUACCCUUCUUUCUCUGUCAUCACUGUUAUAUAUAGGUUUAUGUUUUACGGAUGAAAUGGCAUGUUUGUGAGGAUACUUUAACUUCUGAAGUUAUUAAUACAUUCACUGAUCUAACGUCUUCUGAAGCGCGUUGAUCGGUGUUGUCACUGAUCGAUAUCCACUCACUCCAUUCCAUUGCGUAACUCUUCUGUGGUGCUCGGCUGACCUCUUCCGGACAAAUACGGAAUCGCAGGUAGAACAGAUACGGCCUGGGUACACCGAGGUCUGACUGCUUCCGGUCUUAGCACGGCGCGCUGCUGGAAGUUCUGUAUGGACCGUGCUGAAUCACGUGUACAGACCAUAAAGAA